AUGGAAGUUUGUAUCGACAACGGUCCUAUAUAUAAGUCUGAUCACCAAGUCAUUGGCUACACGGCUCAGUGUUAUCAUAUGGAAGAUGAUGAAAACGAUAUAAUUUAUCAAUCUUCCAAUAUAAUAUUUACCUUCAACCAUAUAAUAUACGACGCAGAUGACAUCUACAGUCUCACUUGUUGCGGCGUCAACAUAUUCAACGUUGAUAUGACGGCUGAAGAUGAAUCGUUUUUAAAAAACAUCACAGAUGUUAUUACUGAAUCCGAAAAUCUCCCAAGAAUGUUUCCAUAUACAUACUACAAACCAACAGGUUUAUCUGUUUCUAUGGAUAUCAACAAAGCUGUAGAUAUUAAUGAAAGAGUGGAUAUUAUAUUAUUGAAAGAAGUUAGAACAGUUGAUGAAUUGCUAAGUUUUAAAAAACAAAAUCCAAACUUCAGCAACAAAACAAUCAUGGUCUGGCUGACGAGGUGGACGUUUGAAGAAAUAAGUAUUGUUAAGUUUUCAGAUGGAGUUGUGUUAGAUCUUCUCGACGAUAAUCAAAAUUGGGAUGAAUUUUGUAACUGUCCUCUAGACUUUUGUAAAGAGGAGAAAAUACCUGUGCUUGCUCCUUUGUCUACAGCUUUUGCAGCAUCCCUGGCUGCUCUUACAAGUGACGCCAAAGUAAUACUAGUACUAUCAGUUACCGGUGUUUCAGCUCAAUUAAUAUCUUUUACUUCACCACCUUGUCAUAUCAUUUGUAUUAUAUCAAGAAAAUCAACGGCUCGUCGACUACAUAUGUAUCGUAAAGUCAUCCCAUUAUUUUUUCAGCCGAAUCGCUCCACAAACUGGCAUCAGAAAUGUUGGAGUCGCAUACAUUUUGGCACGACUUUCGCUUUGAAGAUCGGUUUGCUGGAGCUUGGAGCCAAAUUAGUGGUGGUGCAGCCCUCGGAAGAAGCAAAUGGAUAUUGUGAUUCUUUGCGAAUUUUGUCCAUUCCAUUGCAAUGUGAUAACUGA